ACGACUUCUCUGAGAGAAAGAAGUAGCAUCUGCAAGGGCCAUGCUGUUCCUGCUACUCCCCUUGCUUGCUGCUCUCUUCCAAGGAGGUGACAGUGGGUUUGAGGAGUCUAUCUCCUACCAUCUCAUGCAAACCUCAUCUUUUUACAACCAUUCCUGGGUACACGUGGGCUCAGGCUGGUUGGGGGAGCUGCAGACUCACAGAUGGAACAGCAGCUCUAAUGCCAUCAUUUACCUGUAUCCCUGGUCCAGGGGCAACUUCAGUAACAAGGAGUUGAUGUAUGUGGAAAGGUUGUUCCAGUUAUACUUCAAUGAGCAUCAGGACUAUUAUAUUUCUCAAUUAAUGUUUAAAGGUCCCUUUGAUCUGCAGGUGACAGCAGGCUGUGAGCUGCACUCUGGGAAGGGCUUCCUAGGCUUCAAGCAGGUAGCUCUCCAAGGACAGGACUUCAUGAGCUUCCAGAAUGAAACAUUCUUACCAUCUCCAGAGGGUGGAGAAAAGGCCCAGGAAGCCUGCAAACUGCUCAAUUUCAACGAAGCCUACACACAGAGGUUACAUAGGCUCCUCAGUGACACCUGCCCACGUUUCACCCUGGGUCUUCUAGAUGCAGGGAAGGCUCAUCUCCAGCGACGAGUGAAGCCUGAGACCUGGCUGUCCAGUGGUCCCAGUCCUGGGCCUGGCCAUCUGCUGCUGGUGUGCCAUGUCUCUGGCUUCUACCCCAAACAUGUGUGGGUGAUGUGGAUGCGAGGUGAGCUCCAGGAGCAAGAGGGCACCCAGAGAGGUGACAUCCUUCCCAAUGCAGAUGGGACGUGGUAUCUCCAAGCAACCCUGGAUGUGGCAGCUGAGGAGGCAGCUGGCCUGGCCUGCAGGGUGAAGCACAGCAGCCUAGGAGGGCAGGACCUUCUCCUCCACUGGGCACCUCAGAGUGCCCUGGGCUUGAUCCUCUUUGCCGUGAUAGUGGCCCUGGCUCUUCUGACAGGUCUUGGAUUUUGGUUUAUAAAACGCUGGAUACACUGUGAAGCUCCCUGAAGUUCUGGCCCUCUGAAGUGAGGACACAGUCUACACCUGAACACCACAGGGAUUUGUUGUUCUGACCCGGCUUCUGUGGGUUUAACAAUGAAUG